GAGCGAGGGGCCGGCUUUGCCAGAGAGCGAAAACUGGUGUUUUUGUGACCUCUAAAUGUUUCUGUCAGUUCCUGAUUGGCUGUAAACGCCACUCGCAGUCACUUUGUGGCAGCUGACAAGCAGAAACCACCAUGGGCAACACAAGCAGUGAGAGAGCGAUGGGACACGGGGAGAAGUCUCAUCGGAGGGACAGCAGAGGCAGCAAGGAGGGGGAGAGGCCCAAAAUCAUUAUGGACAGUCCUGAAGAUGCAGUUAUUUUUCAUGGUGAAGAUCUGAAGGCUCCUUUAGAGAAAGACGAAUUCCUUGCAUGGCAGCAAGACCUGGAAGCAGAAGACAAGGAGACGACUUUAGACCGCCCAACUGUAUUUCGGUGGACUGGACAUGGAAAGGAGGUCUACCUUUCUGGAUCUUUCAACAACUGGACCAGUAAGAUUCCCCUCAUCAGAAGUCAGAACACCUUUGUGGCCAUUGUUGAUCUACCUGAAGGGGAACAUCAGUACAAGUUUUAUGUGGAUGGCCAGUGGACCCAUGACCCGGCUGAGCCUGUGGUAACCAGCCAGCUAGGCACAGUCAACAAUGUCAUCCAGGUGAAAAACACGGACUUUGAGGUUUUUGACGCUCUCAUGGUGGACUCGCAGAAAUGCUCUGACAUGUCAGACCUCUCCAGCUCCCCUCCUGGACCAUAUCAUCAGGAUGCCUAUGCUCCCAAACCAGAUGAGAAGUUUAAGUCUCCACCAAUACUCCCUCCUCACCUGCUGCAGGUCAUCCUCAACAAAGACACCGGGAUCUCUUGUGAUCCAGCAUUGCUUCCAGAACCAAACCACGUCAUGCUGAACCAUCUCUACGCUCUGUCCAUUAAGGAUGGUGUGAUGGUGCUCAGCGCAACACACCGCUACAAGAAGAAGUAUGUCACUACUUUACUAUACAAGCCCAUCUGAAGGAAAACUGUGGUUUUAAUGUGUGAACUGUACACUGAGUGUACAAAACAUCAGAUCUAUCUUUUGUUCAGUAAAUCCACUUCACGUCUCGCGGAUUUCACCCAUUUAAUCCACUUCAUCUCUUGGUAAAAAAAAGAGUGGAGGAAACAGAUUAUACAUUAGAAGAGGAUUAUGAGGCACUUUGUUUUGAUUAAUUUGAAUUUCUAGCAGCCAUCAGGAAGAGUUUAGCGGGACACGGGAUUACAUCAACACGACUCACUUCAAGUCGGAUUAUGUGCGAGUCAAACAGGUCUACCCCUCAGGAGACGCCAUCUUAGCUUGUGCCAACAACAUUUUUUAAUGGUUGUGGACAUUUUAAUGCAUCUUCAUGAAGGUAGAUUGACAUUUUCAUUUCAUACCACAUUUCAUCACAACCACGGGAAAAUUGUGGGAAACUGCUCUUCCUUGGGAUGUCGGGGUCGACCUUGCCCAACUCAACAGCAGCUCAGGUCGCAACUUAUUAUUUUUUGUACACUCAUUGUGUACUGAGUUGUUGUGCACUUUGUCCCUCCAACCUGACAUAAUCUGUAGUUUUCUAGAAUGUUAUGCUUGCUUUGAGACAGUAAUAACCAAGUAAGACACUGAUAUUUGUCCUCAAAACAGGCGUGAUGAGGACAGUUGGUAAUCUGACUGACCACCCGGUGUUUACGCAUGUUUUUUUUAGUUAGCUCAAUAUUUAAGUGUUCCUAUGAGUGAUGACAUUCAUGAGACAUAUUUAGUUGAAAGAAGGAAAAUUUGCACUGCAGUAGUUCUCACUGUCAUAACCCUGCUCAACAUAUUUAUCUUGAUGUAUUUAGUUUGAGUUGCACAGUAAAGAUGUAUGUAGCCUUAUGUAACUUUAGUUUUAUUCUUUGUGUGAUGUGUUUGAAGUACUUUUUGUGUCAGUAUUGUGGUAAAGACCAUUCCAGUGAAGAGUAAGAGCACAAUGCAUCUUUAGUGACAAGCUAAAUCCAUAUUUUAAUUAUUAAUGAACCCCUGCACU